AUGGAUCAGCUGAUCAGGUUACGGUACGUCUUGACGGAGCUCAUGCAAAGUGAUCUUCAUAAAAUUAUCGUUUCACCACAACCGCUCACUGUUGACCAUGUGAAAGUGUUUGUGUACCAGAUUUUGAGAGGCUUGAAAUAUCUCCAUUCGGCCAACAUCCUGCACCGAGACAUCAAACCUGGUAAUCUACUGGUGAACAGCAACUGUAUCCUGAAAAUCUGCGAUUUUGGCCUGGCUAGAAUCUGGGAUGCACGGGAGCGACAAAACAUGACACAUGAAGUCGUCACACAGUAUUAUCGUGCUCCAGAACUUCUUAUGGGUGCACGAAGGUAUACCGGUGCAGUGGAUAUCUGGUCAGUCGGGUGUAUUUUCGCAGAGUUACUCGCCAGACGGAUAUUGUUCCAAGCACAGGGUCCGAUUGAUCAGUUGGAUCUCAUCAUCGAUCUGCUUGGCACACCUACACCCGAGGAGAUGAAGUACGCAUGUGAAGGGGCCAGAAAUCAUGUGCUACGAGCGCCCUUCCGGGUCAACACAUUCCAUCGUAUGCGACAACUCAGCCAACACACCACCGACGAUGCCGUCCAAUUGCUCGCCAUGAUGUUGCACUUUGAUCCGCGGGCCUACCUGGAACAAGCGCUAAAGCACGGCUAUUUGGAUGAAGGCCGAAUGCGUUUCCAUUCGUGUAUGUGCUCGUGUUGUUAUACGAACAAUCCCGGUAACACCCGAAUUUUCAGUACGGAUCCUGAUCCGAUGCAUGAAAUGCCUUUUGAUCCCAAAUGGGAAAAGGAAUUAUCCCGGUUGUCAAUGUUCGAUUUACGGAUGCCAUGUAUUAAGUUCGGCUGA